UUUGUCUAUUUUCUAUGAAUGGAGCCCGCAGAGGGAGUAUUUUGCUUUACAUUGUGAUUAAAUAAAUAUACUACUUUCUAAAUUAAUUAGGCGGAGGGAAGGGAGAGUAUCUACUUAUACACACAAGUUGAGCAGAGCUUAUUUGAGUUGAGACACACACACACAAACACACAAUUUUGAGUUCCCUUAGCUCUAACAGUGUAAGAUGGAUCCACCAUCAAUGGUGAAAAGUUUCAAGUACAGUUCCACACAGCAGCAGCGGCAGCCAAUGUUUCCUGUCUUGGAAACUCCUCUUCACUACAGAUCUUCUACAUCUCCCCACACUCACACUCACAACAAUGGCACCACUUUUCAAGAUGCAUCUUUCUCCUCCUACCUCAAACCAAACGAUAAAAAAUCCCAAGAAAAGAUCGUGCCGGGCGUCGAAGACAGGGAGAUAAGCAUCUUCGACGCCCAGCGCUAUUUCAGCGAUAACAACAACAACAACACCGACCCCAAACAGCUCAUCAAGAAGCAACCCAUGUCCCAUGACAUACUCUCUGUUCCCAGACUCUCCUCUGUCUCCUCCACCGACGGCUACCCGGCCCGGAAUUUCCGGACCCGGUCGUUCCACGCCACGCCCACCGCCUCCUCCGAGGCCAGCUGGAACAGCCAGACCGGCCUCCUCGCCAAUCCCCCCGGCGCCGUCGGAGUCUCCCUCAGAAACUUCAACUCCAACGACGGGAACAGGAGAACCAGGAAAUGGAGCUUCGGCCGGAAAUGCUGCUGCAGUGGCAAGAAAUCCGUCGACGUCAAGGACGCCACCACGUCCGAUUCUGAGAAUCAGGACGGAGGGAAAGCCAAUUAUAUGUGUGGACCGAAGCCGCUGUCCAGGAAUUGCUCAGCUAGAAAGGAGGUCCUGGAAAUAAUCAGAGGCGUGGACGGCUUCCCCCCACAGGCCGAUCCGCCGCGUCAGCAACGGAUAUCAGCCUCUGGGCGUCCGUUCGUGGACGGAGCGGGAAGUUUCUCCUUCCCGCUCCUGAACAGCAAUAAUGCAAGCCAGGUUGUGGCCAAACCUGUCCUCAAACCAAUCAUCACAAAGCCUAUGACUCUGGUGGAAGAGCCGCCUCGUGAUUCGCUGGAAGUCUUCCAACCGGUCCACGAGGCGGUGCCACCUGUCCUGCGCGUGGUGAACACUGACGACGACGUCAGUGAUGCCAGCUCUGAUCUCUUCGAGAUCGAGAGCUUCUCUACUCAGACGACGACCUAUCCGAUGUACCGGCGCAGGGACUCGCUCGACGAGGCUCCCGCGUUCAACGCGAGGAGAUUCGCUCAGUACGGGGGGAGGAGGAGCGAGGACGAGCCGCCGACGCCGAGCGUGGCGGGGACGGAGUGCUACGCGCCGAGUGAGGUGAGCAUCGACUGGAGCGUGACGACGGCGGAGGGGUUCGACAGGGCGAGCGUGUCGGAGAUCGGGAGGGCGGCGUUCGUGAGGCAGGAGGAGGAAGGGGGGAAGAAGAAGGGGGGAGGGGGGUUGCUGAUGAUGAGCUGCAGGCAGGAGAAGGCGGUGAGUGUGGGGCCGCAGCCGGUGAAGUGUGUGGAGGGGGGGCAUGUGGGUGGUAGGCCACCGAGGGCGGGGAAGCCGCCACUGGCGACCGAUCACUCGGCGCGCUUGUCGGUGGCGUUUGUGGCAUGAGAAGUUGGGCUGUUUUCUCCUUGCCGCUUAUGUUAUCUGUCUAGUCUUAUCAUGCGAUGUUUUUCUACUUUACAAUUUGUCGCCGAUUUCCUUAUUCAUACGUACAGAUUGUGUCUCAUUCUGUAUGUUUGUUAUCUUAAUUUGAACAUAAUUAGCUUUUUCA